GACUUACUAGGGUUAUAUUCGUAAAAAUAGCUUCUGUUUUUUUAUUUGGUCACAAGGGGCUGAGCUGUAAUUUCACAAGGCUUUUAGGUUAGUUUUGCAUUUGAUUCAAGUUUGGGUAUAUGUUUAGGGUUAAAAUCAAGUUGUGGGUUAGUUUUGGCGAAUUCCCCAAUUGUCAAUGUGUACAAAUUUCUACGUCCAUAAAACCACAUGUAUAUCAGUUCUUGUGUACAUUGCACAAUUUAUAAUAACUUUUGUAAUAUUUUAUAUUUAUAUGUACAUACAUAUGUGUGUUUCUAUUUAUAAUUUAUAUGUACAUGAUCAAGUGUACACAAAAUAUUUACUAUCCACAUGUACAACGACUCACAAGUCUCACAUGUACAUCGAUUAACUUGUACACCUGAUAAAUUUGUUGAAUACAUUUUAGAUUUCAUUUAGAUAGAUUAGAGUAUCUUUUUCUCUUUUAUAAUCGUUUUUCUCAUCUUAAUUUAAUUCAAUUUUAGACAAAUCUAUUAGCUCCGUCUUAAUAUUUCAUGAUUUUAGUAGUUUUUACCAUCUUACUUUAGUGAAAAAAUCUGACUUAUUUAUAAAAUAAAACUUUGGCAUAUAUUUGUCCAUUUGCAUUUGAUAUGGUGUAGAAUGUUAUUUGCAAAAAUAAAACUUUGUCAUAUCUUAAUUUAGUGAAGAAGAAUCUAACUUAUGUACAAUGGUCCAUGUAUACAGUGUAUAUAUUUGUACAUUUGUAUUUGACAAGGUUUAGAAUGCACAACUCAAAGUUUAAAAAAAAAUCAAAAGGAUAUUUAUGCAUAAUAUAAAGUUUAUGGGCCGAAAUAAAGCCAUCUAAGAUUCUGAGGACAACUAGUAAAAUUACUGAGAGGUUUGAAAUACAGAAUCUGAAAGUUUAGGCUGAUUGGAAAAGAUGUUUCUAAAAGUGCAAAGUUUGGGGCUAAUUUGUAAACAGAUAGAAGUUAUGACGACCAAUUGUGAAAAUAAUUAAAAAUCCACCAUUGAAGGAGCUUUUGAGCUUCUAGAUCUAAAGAUGGCCGUGACGGCGAGAAGCGACUACUCCGGAGCUUCAAGACAGUCUGUCACGGCUCGAACUGAAGUCACACCGGUGAUAUUGGAGCACAGCCGCGACUUGAUUAUGAACCCCGACGAGGAAAGAUUUUCAAGGAUGAGCGCUCAUCCGAUGGUCCAAAUAAGUAUUUCGCCGGAGUGAACCUAUCAUGACUCUCGCUGGAAAAAAGGCAAAUAUUAAAUCACUGGAUCGUAUCGAGAUGACUCCCUCCACCGUGGCGAGCUUCACCUAACUCUUAUUGGAUCGACUCUCUCCAACUCGACUCGCCAAACCACCUCCAUGCUCUUUUCUCCUUAACACAUGUAUUCAAUUAAACUAAAAUUUAAUCUGGGAACCAAUCAUUUUUGAAAAGUUAAAUUCUUGAAGAAGAAGAAGAAAAGAGAGAAGAUAAUGGAUCUCAUUAGUUGGCAAAAAGCUAACUGAAUAAAAGAUAGUUUAGACCAUGAUUAUGGAUCGUUCUUAAAGAAGGUCUUAAGUGAAAUUGGUGAUUUAAUUAAAUCUAAAAAAAAAAGAAAAUUACUUUUUAACAGAAGAAACGUCGCUUAAUUAAGGGAAGGAAGAGACGUGGCUUAUGGGACACGCGUCAAAGUCUCAUCCUCUCUCUCUCAUCUCUCCUCUCUUUCUUUGCAUCCAUGGAGGGGAAGAAAACAAGAAUUGCGUUUGCUAAUUUCAGCAGGCUGAUGCAGAAGAGAUCAUUGAGAUGGCUGGUAAAGCCACUUUAUCUGAGCAACAGAAGCAAGUACAAGCUUUUCUUUGGGAGCAUCAUUCAGGGGAAGUUACUGAUGAGAACCGUGAAGCUGCUCAAGAAGCUAAAGGCAAAGCCAUGGAGGCUCUCUCUGAAGGAAACUUCGAUGAAGCAAUUGAGCAUCCGACAUCAGCUAUCUUGUACGGGAACAGCGGUGAGUACUAGUUGAGUUUUGUUCUUCCAGUUGAGUCUUUGGUUGAUUCUCAUGAAGACUUGUAAUUUAUUUUCUAGCUAUAUUCAGAAUGAUGAUGAUUCUCAUGAUUUGGUCUUGUAUUUUUUAGUAACAAAAAACAACAUUUUUUUAA